AUUUGAUGCUAUCACACUGUAUUAGUGCAGUAUUUUAUUAUAAUGUUAUUCACAGUAUUGCAAUCUUUUUGAACUGUGCAACUUAUCCUCAAGAGAAGCACAUCUUCUGCAACAAUGAUCGUAAAUGCAAUAUAUGUAUGACAUCUAGUUGGUUAACAUCAUGUGCUUUAAUAAGUGGAAGAGUGAACAUGUAUUUAUAUUAUUUAUAAGACCAAAUCAUAUUUUGACUUUCACUUUCAGGUAAAUGAUGUGUUGUUUGUGUGACAGUCUCAUUCUGAAUUAAUUCUACUAUUUGGGGAAAAUGUUACACCCUAAACUUAGUAUGUGAUUCCUAGUAUUAAAGUGUGUUAUUGCCUUUGUGAGGCAUUCACAUAGUUUUGUUUUUGGUUGGAUAAAAUUAAGGGUGAAUGCUUUUUGUACAAAAAAUGUAAUGACAAGUUUAUUGGUUGUAGGUUUAUUUCAUCAGUGCAUAAUUCCUUGAAUCAUUUAAGUAUUCCUCCAACUGUGGGAACAUGCAAAUAAGAACACAUUGUAAGUUCAAAUUUGAGGUAAUAUUUUUAAAUGUUGCAGGAUCCUCAAAUCAGCUCAAUGAAUUCCUCAUCUUAUGGCUACAACGUGUCAACUGUUGUAACUUAUCGAGACUCUUACAGCACAGCUGUGGCCAAAAAUGUGAUUGUUCUGGCUCUUGGUCUUACCAUCAAUUAUAUCAAUGGUACCCUGAUUCACACCUUCAGAAAACACCAGAUAUUUUAUGUGAAUCCUCGUUACAUCCUAUUCAUCCACCUGGUGGUGAACGAUAUGAUCCAGCUGACUACGACAAUAAGUCUGUUUGUUUCAAGUUAUAUCUUCUACAAAAUUAAUGUUUCUCUUUGUUGCUUGAUCCUUACCUUAGCUGUCUUCACCACCCUGAACACGCCAUUAAAUUUAGCUGUCAUGGCAGUGGAGUGCUACAUUGCUAUUUGUUUACCACUGCGGCACGCUGAGCUGUGUACAAUCAAAAGAACAUAUAUUCUGAUUGGAUGUAUUUGGGCCAUGAGUGCAGUCUCAACCCUGCCAGAUGUGUUCAUUAUUUUUGCAACAGAGCCUAUUCAGUUGUUUCAUUCCACAAUUUUCUGUGAAAAGGAUAAUCUGUUCCGACACCCUAUACACUUGAAAAAGAGGGACGUUUCCUAUAUAAUUUAUCUUGUUGGUGUUUGGCUCAUUCUCUUCUACACUUACAUCAGGAUCUUCUUAGCUGCUAAAGAUGCUAAAGCUGCUAAAUCAGCUGAUGGAAAUGCAAAUAAGACCAGAAAUACCAUCCUGCUCCAUGGCUUUCAGCUACUGUUGUGCAUGCUAACCUAUGUGUCUCCUGUGUUUAACAAGACUCUGUUCUACUGGUUUCCUAAACAUUAUUUACAUGUCAUCUUUAUUUCCUACAUCAUCAUCCAGAUAUCUCCCAGGUUUGUCAGUCCUAUUGUGUACGGGAUACGGGACAAGACAUUUAGACAGCAUUUGAAAAAGUAUCUGCUGUGUGCAGCGAGAGCGAGCAUCAAACCGUGGACUGCGGCAAAAUUGAUGUUCCUGUACUAGAUAACAAACUAGAUAGAUAAAUCUUAUUAAAGUAUUUCCAAUUGUAAAUACCCCUGAGGACAAAGAGAAUAUGCCUUUUCAGUGUGAAAGUACCCAAGUACAAAGAACACCACAUUUUCAUUUCCUGCAGUCGGAUGAAUUAUAUUAAGCACGAUAAGCAUUGCAUCAGUCAUUUCACAUAGAACAAUCAACCUCAUGAUGGUGCUAGAGAAAAAGACAGUAGAGUUCAACCUCUGUGGAUUAUGAAUGCUAAUGACUUUUCAAGGCAGUUCAUCAGAUGAAAUAGUUUGAGAUAUACCGACAGACCAACAUUGCCAUCCAUAAACUAUUUCAAAGCAUCAGUUCCAGCUAAAAAUGAGAGGCAUGCUAACAUUACCAUCAUGUUUUGUACAUUUCUUGCACACUUUUUGUGGCUUUGAUGCUGUUGUUACAUCACAUUACAUGUUUGUGUUGCUGUGCUUCACCACAGCACAUAGAUUAAUAAAUGAUGAAUACGCAUGAAAUAAAAAAGUUAUAAACCACUGA